AAUGUGUGGGGUGUUAAAGGCUUCUGACCGUCUAAUGUAAGGCUUUUUCCACUCUUCUUUGUUUUCUACUUGUUUUCUCUUGUCGGACCCCCCUCUUUAUUUCUCUGGUAUUUACCUGGUUAUUCUGGUACACGUUUUAGACCAAAAUAGACCAACAUUUACUAGGUAUCCCUUGUUUGGUGUUAAGAUUCGUUUCAUGCACUUUAGAAUUAGACAGAAUUGAGCAUUCAGCGGCUUUUUACAACCCCUGUUAAAUGCUCAGACUUUAACCCUACAGCUCCAUAUCUAAAUAAUACUUGGAGCGUCCAGUGUAGUUGAAACUCCUGCACGCGUAUCCGGCGCGCUCCCGCUCAGCAUCCCAUGAAUGGCACUGGCAGCCUAAAAAGCACCAGCAUCUCCUCCUCCCAGAGCAGAAAGCGCAAGAAUGCCUCAGCAGCUCCUCGUUGUCACUAAUGGGAUUGCGCUGUGACUGGCUCGGUCGGAAGGAAGCUUGCUCUUACACACACUCUUUCACGGUCGGAGUGGCUCGGAGGUCUGCUGCUCGGCGCUGGGAUGAUCAGGAUCUUCCCGGACUUCAGCGUGCAGGUCACGGCGGCGGCGGGGACAGGAGGCACCGGGAUGCCGGCAGCACGAGUCCCGGGAGCCACCAACGGCAACCCGCAGAACGUCCAGGGCUUGACCACUUACCAACAGAGCGACCCUUACUGGGAGAGGCCAGCUAAUGCCAGCUCGUGUUCAGCCACUAGGCCCAAGACACUUCACCUCGGAGGGCAACAACAUACCUCAUCACCAUGGUUGCAGGCCCUGAGGAAGGAGAAGUCUCGUGAUGCGGCACGAUCGCGCAGGGGGAAAGAGAACUUUGAAUUCUACGAGCUGGCCAAGAUGCUGCCACUGCCGGGCGCCAUUACCAGCCAGCUGGACAAAGCCUCAAUCAUCCGCCUAACUAUCAGCUACCUGAAGAUGAGGGACUUUGCCAACCAGGGAGACCCUCCGUGGAACCUGCGCAUGGAAGGACCACCACCCAACACCUCAGUCAAAGCAAUUGGGGCCCAGCGAAGAAGGAGCCCAAGUUCAGUAGCCGCAGAGAUCUUCGAGCCUCACCUGGGCAGCCACAUUCUGCAGUCCCUGGAUGGAUUUGUAUUUGCACUAAACAAGGAGGGGAGGUUUUUGUACAUCUCAGAAACCGUGUCUAUAUACCUCGGCCUUUCACAGGUGGAGUUGACAGGCAGCAGUGUUUUUGACUAUGUGCACCCGGGUGAUCAGCUGGAGAUGGCUGAGCAGUUGGGGAUGAAGCUUCCUCCAGGUCGGGGUCUGCUGUCUCAUGGAGCCGGAGCUGAAGAUGGAGCAAGCUCAGCUUCCUCGUCCUCGCACUCUGAGACACCUGAGCCAGUGGAGUCCAGCAGUCCGAAUCACCUAACUCCAGACAACUGUCUUGAGCGAUCUUUCUUCACCCGAAUGAAGUCCACGCUGACCAAGAGAGGUGUUCACAUCAAGUCCUCUGGCUUCAAGGUGAUCCACAUUACAGGCAGGCUGAGGAUAAGAAUGGCACUAACGCACAAUCGCUCAGUGCCCAAUCAGGUAAUGGGCAUGGUGGUGGUUGCGCAUUCUCUUCCUCCCCCAACUAUUAACGAGGUUCGAAUCGACUGCCAGAUGUUCGUUACACGGGUCAACAUGGAUCUUAAUAUCAUCUACUGUGAGAAUAGAAUUAGUGACUACAUGGACCUGACACCUGUGGAUAUAAUAGGAAAGAGAUGUUAUCAGUUCAUCCAUGCGGAGGACGUGGAGGCCAUUCGGCAAUGCCAUUUAGACUUAAUGAAUAAGGGUCAGUGCGUGACCAAAUACUACCGCUGGAUCCAGAAGAAUGGUGGCUACAUUUGGAUUCAGUCUAGUGCUACUAUUGCUAUCAAUGCCAAGAAUGCCAAUGAGAAGAACAUCAUCUGGGUGAACUACGUGCUUAGUAAUCCAGAAUACAAAGACACACCCAUAGACAUCACGCAGCUUCCCAACCUGCCAGGGAAAGCCUCAGAGUCCUCGGAAACGUCUGACUCAGAGUCCGAAUCAAAAGAGAACUCAGAAGACAACGAGAACGCCAAGUUGGAUGGCAAAGGAAACCAGUCUUCAGAAAAUAGUGAAGGGCCAGAGUCGAGCAAUAAGAAGUCAACGGGGCGUUCUGAGCAAGAGACGAGGCAUCAGGAGGACGACAGCUCCAGUAAUGCCGAGAGCCAGGAGAGUGAGGACAGCCUGGAGCCCUCCGACUGCGAUGUCGAGCACAAGCAAAGUCGCCUGUCCCAGCUCAGCGGCCUGCCUAUUAAAGUGGAGCAUUAUGGUGAUGGAGAGGUGGCAGAGCUGCACAAUUCACUUGCAUCCUCAUCUGAAGAGGAGUAUGACGACGAUGACGAGGAGGAGGAUGAUGAUGUAGGGGGCAUGAAGGACUGCAGCAGCAGUGGGGAACUGAGUAGCCCAUUGGCAAGUAAACAGCAGAAGAGAAGGAAAAGAAGGAAAAAGCAGAAAUGGGAGGGAAGUCGUCAACGCCUGCGUCUCUCGCCCCCGGACAAUGAAACAGCUAGCCCGAGUGCCCUAGAGCCAGCACUAGGUGAGCAGCCCCCAUUACUGCCACCCCCAUCACCCACCACCGCCUCAGUGCUCAAGAUCAAAACAGAGAUGGGUGAGCCAAUCAACUUUGACAAUGACAGCAGCAUCUGGAACUUCCCACCUAAUCGGGAGAUCUCACGCAACGAGUCACCCUUUAGCAUGACCAAGCCACCAAGUGGCCAUGAUUCCUUCUCCUCCAGCAUCCCCGAAUCAGUCCUCACGCCUCCAGGCACGGAGGGAGGAGCAGGCAUUAGGAAACCCAGCUUCAUCAACAACAGCAGUAGCAGCAGUAACAGUGCUCCCACCUCAGUCAGCCUGGCACCCCCUCCCUCCAACUCUUCAACUUCCGACCCCCUUUCACCCCCACUCUCAGCCUCACCGCGUGAUAAGCAGCAGGGUACACCCACUUCCCAGAAUUCCCUGCUUUACAGUGGUGACUUAGAAGCCCUACAACGGCUGCAGACAGGCAACGUCAUGCUCCCCUUAGUACAGCGAGUUGCAGGCACACUGGCCGCCACCAGCACAGUAGCAGCGCCACGUGUCUACACUGCAGGUACUAUUCGCUACGCACCCGCUGACGUCACACUGGCAGUGCAGGGCAACCUUCUGCCCAGUGCCCACACUGCAGUCAAUUUUAUGGACGUGAAUAGCCCUGGAUUUGGUAUCGAUGCCAAAACGCCCAUGGAGAUGCUCUAUCACCAUGUGCACCGACUCAACAUGUCAGGCCCGUUCGGUGGCGUGGGCACCGGUGCCAGCCUUGCACAGAUGCCCACUGCCAACGUCUUUACCACGGCAGAGGGACUUUUCUCUACGCUUCCCUUCCCUGUCUAUAGCAACGGCAUUCACACAACACAGACUCUCGAGCGCAAAGAGGAUUGAAGCAAAACACUGAGACCAUAUUACUGUGUUCAACUCAAAUCAAGAGACUCUUUUGAGGCCUAUGACUGUGUUUCAAGUUGGGGGGAUGAAAUGUUUUAGCACUUUGAAUUUCAAGCAGUUACGCUUGUAUUAUUGAAACAAAUGGUUUCUCUUCCUGUGACUUUCUAUACUUCUUUUUCUGUCCUUUCUCUAGAGCCAAUGAUGUUUUCUCUAAACAAAUUAACAGGCUCGUCUCUGUUUCAGAGUUUUAUAAGCCACAGAAAAGAAUCACCAAUCUUUGCUGUGUGCUUUUUCUGUGGUAAAAUAAGGUGUACUUUUUUGACUUCAUUACACUGCAUCCUUUUAGGAUGGCUUGUAUAUUUAAUGGUAAUUCAGAAAGGAAAUUGAUAAUAAAAGAAGCUUUUUCUUUAUUAGUUUGAUGUGAUCAAGGUCGACGCAGAGAAAAGGAUGUUACCCUGUUUGACAUAGUUAAAAGGGUUUUAGAGUUCCUAACGAGGGAUUAGAAUUUUAGAAAUAAUGCUUUUCUCCAUUUUUUUAUAACUCAGAUUUAACUUACAAAUCAUGCAUUCAAAAUAAAGCAAUUUUAGCCGGGUAUUGACCUGAACCGAAUGUUACCACAAACUCCAGGACUUUGGAUCAGGUCAGUGUGAGAUUCCUUCGCUUCCAUCAUCCUUUUGCAAAUCCAUGGUGCUAUCAUCAACUAACUCUCACUCAGAAAGCUGAUGUAGGUACUGUUUCAGAGUUUGACAAAUGACCGCUUAAGGGUUUUUCUACUCGGACCUCUGACAGACAGAUUCAUUUUUUAAUGCUCAUCCCCUGCAGAGAGUGGAUAUGCGUUUGGCUGUGGCUCAAUUUGAUUGAGUCAAAACAAAAAGAAAGAAAUUUGAACCAGGCUGUGAAUCACUUCUUACCUCUCAGUGUAACUGAGGCUAAUCUUGCAUCAUAAACUUGAAAAUGAAUGUGAAACUACUCACAAGCUUCUCUCAGUUUUUUACUCUUGACAUUUGAAGCCUCGUCCAUUUUUCCAUCAGUAUCAUAAAAUCCGUUUCCCCACACUUCCUCAUGAACUGUGAAAGCCACAUAUCAACAAGAUUGUAAUAAGGACUUGACAUUUUUAAUCAAACGUGUGUUUUGAGAAAUCACAUUCCUAAUUUUUUCCACUAUUGCCAAAAAAAUACCGUCACAGUUUGGUGUUAAGACACUGUGAAUUUGUUUGGAAAAAAAUAAGAAGUAAUAAAAAGGAAGAAAACUGUCGCUCCAUUUUUUGGCAGCCAUCCAUCAUGUCAUCUAUUACCAAGCGUGAUAAAAACGUAAACGUGUAUAAUGUGUAAGUGUCAUUGGCUGUCAGUCCUCAUAGCGAUUUCAGUGUUUGUUACUAUAUGCAGUAUAUACCGAGCUGAUGUAGCUGUUUCGUCCUUUGUCCUCUCUGUGCUAGUGUGGGCUUGGUGGGAAACACUUGUUUCCUCCUCCACCCCCCUACAGUCUUAGUGAACCAGUGGAGGCUAGUGGAUUUCGUGUGGUGGCCUUCCAAUGUUGUGUCACCUUUUUGCUGCUUCUUUUUUGUCUGUACUACUCUUCUGUUUUGCUAUUGCUUUGCUGUCGUGUAGUCUACAAACCUCUCUCUUCCUCAGAGAUAAAAAAGACUCUUAACUAGCUCAAAGGUUUAAGGAGCCAUUUUUGCCACUGGGGAAUUCUGGGAUUUCAGUCUCCAGCUUAAUACUGAUGAAGAUAAAACUGAAGUAGCAUUAAGACUUCAUGUCUGAAACCUCAAAAGCCUAAGUUGUGAAACAUUCCCAGAGUCCCUUGUGCUUCUCAUGUGCAUUGGGUGUAUUUCAUUGGUUUCCACCAUCCUGUUGACUUCAAGGACCCUGCAACUCGGAAAGUGGGAAAAAAAGAUGACUGUAUUUCAGGAAUAUAAACAAUUUUAAAGAUUUCUAACAAACUAAAAGAAAAAUGUUCACACUAUAAAAUCUAUUUUUAUAGGUGUUUUGGAAAUGCAUGUUUACUAUGUUGAUUGUUUCGUUUACGUGAUUUUCUUUGCUACAGCAGCUUUGCCAGCGUUCAGUGUUUUCAAGUCUGUCCAGCAAAGAAAUAGGAGGAGCCUUUUUUGUCUUUUUACUAAAUGAGGCUACACUCCUACAUCAGGAAACUCGUCUCUGUGGUUUCUAGGAAGAUGUGUUGUUACUCAAAGCCAGGUCAUAAUGUUUUUAAAACCGAGAGCUGCUGUUUGAGUAGUUGCAGGAUCCUAGAGUUUUAGUUUUUUUUUUUUUUUUACAUUUUUAAAUAUCGUGCUGUAAAGGAGGGGCAGCUCAAAAACACUGUGAACCAGGAAAUACACCCAUAUGUGACAAACAGAACAGUGGGCCGAGCUGUCAAAAUGUUUCUGUGUUGUGUCAAAAUUAUUGCUGGUGAUUUCAUUUUGAACUAAUCUCAGCUGCUGUCAGAUAAAUAGUGUUAAAAAUUACAAUAUGAUAAAUCAUUUCAUUACUUGUGAAAACUGUGUCUGUGUUUUUAACUAUUUCUUGUACAAUUAUACAGAUUCUUUUAUGGGGAACUUGGUGCCAAGUAGAUGAAUACAGGAGAAAGGGAUUCUCUGAGUAUCAAUGUUAACAGUGUUAUAAAUUCUAAAUACAAACAAAUUAAACUUUUAAAAAGAGAAACUAUGGUAUUUUUGUUUGCGUUUAUGAUUUAAACAAAAAAACUUAACUGAAUCUAAUUGAGUGCCUGGCUUGUUUUUUAAACAUCGUUUUAUUUACUAUGAAUGAUGCUGCACUUCAGAAUGUACACACUUCAUGACACAGCAGGGUUGUUUUAUACUUUUGUAGGUUUUCAUCAGUUUAAUCAAACAUGUCAUUCAUGAUUCUCUUUCUGUAACAGUUUUUACCAUCUUACAGGUGCCAUUUUCAUAAUAAACU